AUGCCAACUUUCUUCGACUUCCAGCAAGGCACCGACUCGCCCCCACCAGAAACCGAGACUUUCCGCUACGGGCGCUUCCGCGCGCUCCCAAGUAACCUCUACACCGUCCUUGCGCCGACCAGCAGCGCGGACCCCAAGCGGUGGACCGCCGGCGGGUAUGGCAGCAUUAAUGCCGCCGAGGACGAGGAUGACGACGUCGACGACGAGGACGCGGAGGCGGAGGAGAUGAGAUGGUGGAUCGAUAGGAUGCUUAUUAGUCCGCGCCGGCGCGUAGUGGUGAGGAUCGUGGGGAGGUGGUGGAGUAGGAUGGGGCUGCUGGUGGUGCUGCCGGCGGCGAUUGUCGUUGCGUGGUGUGCGAUACCAUUUCCGACGUAUCCGAUCAUGGGGAAUGAUCCGUCGGCGUUGCCGGUACAGCCGCAAUAUGAUCAUUACCCCCAUACUACUAUUGAGGGCCCGAUAUCGGUAUUGGGAUUGCUGUGGCAGGCGGUCAAGAAUGUUUUUAAUAUAUCAGUGAUACGGGAUAUGAUAGCCUCGUUCCUGCACCGACUCAGCGACACAGUCCCGCAGAUCCCACUCCCGGAUCCAGAGCGCCCAAACCCGGGCACUGGCGGAGGAGGAGGCAGCGGUCACGGUGAAGCACUCGUUACUCUCAACUUCUGGUUCUUUCUCACCGUCUACUAUGGCUUCUACAACCUAGUUGGGCUCCUCUGGAUCACCAAGCUCUUCAACCUCUACUCGCUCAACUGGUGGCCUGCGCGCCUCGGCUUUCCGCACGCCUUCACACUCUUCAACCUGCUCCCGCUGCUUGUGUCAGUCCCAAUGUACUACCUCCUCCCUGCGCCGAUCCUCAACCACAACCUCACAUGGAUUCUCCUCACCUUCACCACUAUGCUCAGCCCGCUCAUCAUCUCGUUCUUCGUCCUUCUCCUCGAGCGGCGCUCCGGCCACCUCGGCCGCCGCAGCGCACUCUCCGACACCCAACUCCUCUUCACCACCUCCCCAACCACCAUGCAGCGCCUCGACCCCCACCCCAAGACCUGGCGCUCCCACAUCCACCCCUGGUCCCUCCCCACAUCCUACAUCCGCUUCAUCUGGUUCGGCAGCGCCCUCCUCCUCUCCCUCAUUGCUCUCGUUCUCGGCGAAGCAUACGCCGAAGUCUACCUCCGCACCCUCCCUCACAACUCCCUCGAAACUGUCGUCUAUGUCUGGUCGUGGGUCCUCACGAUAAAUAUCCUCGAUGGAACCACCGGGUGGAUUCUAGGUGCCCGCGUGGGCAGUUAUCCGCUCGCGUGGGUGUUUAAGCUCUAUUUUGCGAUGACGUACCAGACGUAUGUGCGCGCGCUGUAUGCGCGCCUGCGCAGUCCAAGCCAAUUCGUGGUAUUACAGAUAUUGAGCUCGAGUGUGGUUGUGGUGUGGCUACCACUGAGUAUGACGAGGGCCGUGCAUAGCGCGUAUGUGUGGGCAGGAUGGAACGCGCAAGACUAUGGCGAGUAUAAGAAGUUUGUGGGCAGGUAUUUUUAUGUGAGGGGGUUGGCGGAGAACGUGAGUAUGGUGGCGUGGCUGGGUUGGGUGGUGGGAUUACAUUACGGAUGGAAUACGAAGGUGUAUCCGUAUUUCUCGUUCAGUGAUCGCGAGGAUCCAUAUACGUUCGAGCUGACGUUCUUUGCGUCCCUGGCGACAUGGGCGUGCGAGAUGCUUGCGGCGUGGAUCGUGAGACGGCUCGUCCGGUAUUGGUUCAAGUUCGACGUGACCGCAGAGGCCGUCGGCGACUUUAUCAAGUAUCCGGAAUUGGUGCCGGCUUGUCUAGCGGUGAUGGUGCAUGUGUUGCAGAAUAUGCUCUUCUCGAUUAUUAGGUUGAGAUUUUAG